AUGCUUUUUAGACUGUUUCUGAGUGUACUAUUGGCGCUGCUCAAAGGUCUUUCUCUGGGAUCCCCAGUCAUUCCAGAGACUCAUGUGCUGUCUGAGGUUUUGGAUUACAGUCAUAUGUAUGCCGAUGACAGCGUUGUGAAGUCAUUUGUAGACGAAUUGGUGUCACUGUCCCACUCGAGCAGGAAUAUCUCAAAGUGCGACCAGUGUGUCACUAGAUUAGCCGUGGGCAAGUCCCUAUCGCUUUUGCGCCCGGAUCUGGUGCCACGCGUUUUCACCCAGUGGUGCCAGCAAACCCAGUACAUGUCAAACUCCUCCUGUGUGGCAACCUUCAGCAGAAACACGGUGAAGAGCAGCUACACGGGCACAAACUUUGCAGACAUGCUGUCGCUUAUGGAUCCCUUUGGCUACGACGGUCAGCUGUACUGCUGCUACAAGGAGUCUGCAUGUGCGAAACCAAAGACCCCUAACGUCACCCUGUCGCACCUAUGGCCGGCCAAGCAGGCCAAACACUUUAUCGCACCCGAGCCAGCGGCAAACGAUACUUUUAACGUGCUCCACAUCUCCGACUUUCACAUCGAGCUUGACUACACAGUUGGAGCUGAAGCAAACUGCUCCUCCAGCAUGUGCUGCACUCCUCACUCCCGUAACACGUUUGCCAAUAUUACUUCCCACCCCCGCAAAGAUUGGAAUUCAUUCUACAACUCAACCUACACUGACGACGGCUUCGUAAAAGGCUCGCUCAUGGAUGUUUUCAAGAACGACUCAAUCUGGGCCCCUGCCACGACCUUUGGUAACUAUAAAUGUGACGCUCCAGAAAUCCUCAUAAAUUCGUCUCUCGACUCAAUUGCCAACUUUAGCUUCGAAAAUAAUUUGGACUUCGAAUUCGCAAUCUUCACGGGCGAUUUAGUCGACCACGAUGAGCUCACACUAACAGGUUACGAAAUGACCGUGGAAUCUGAGGAAGUAGUCUUCCGGGAUAUCAAAAACAAAUUGGGAGACGUCCCAAUGUAUCCAGUUAUGGGCAAUCACGACACAUUCCCAUACGGUGAGUUGGGUCAGGAAAAUCACGGAUUUUCUAAUUACUUCUCCUGGAAUUCGGAGCUCAUGGCUGAUUUGUGGGAAGACUACGGAUGGUUGACGCCAAAAGAAUCACAAUAUGCUCGCAAACACUACACUGGCUUCUCGGUCGAGACCAAACUCGGUCUUAAAGUGAUAUCUCUGAACUCGAAUGUCUGGUACAAGAAAAACCAUUACGCAUACUGGAAUGCCUCACAACCUGACACCUUUGGUCAGUUCGAAUUUUUGGUUGAAGAGCUAGUCGCAAGUGAGGCUAAAGAUCAAAGGGUGUGGAUCAUUGCGCACAUCCCAUUUUCAGGUGACGCGUUGCCUCUACCAGCCAAAUUGUUUGCUGAAGUCGUUGAGAGAUUCUCACCUUACACUAUCGCGAACAUUUUUUUCGGACACACGCAUUUGGACCAAUUCGAAAUUCUCUACUCAGGGCCCGGUAAUGAUGCUAAAACUAUCGAAAACGUUGUGGCUUCCUCUUGGAUCUCACAAGCCGUAACGCCUUGGGUGAACAACAAUCCCUCGUGGAGAUACUACUCUGUCGAUAAAGAGACAUUUUCGGUAAUGAAUGCCUACAAUUACUACACGCAGUUGAAUGAAACGUUCAGCAACAAUGGCGCAGAGCCUGUAUGGGAGUUUGAAUACUCUUCGAGAGAAGGAUAUAAUAUUACCUGGCCAGAAACAGCUCCACUGAAUGCUACGUACUGGCACUUGGUUGCGUCUAGAAUCAAUGAGUCGGUAGAGUUCAAUCAAAUCUAUGAGAAUUAUGCCACGAGAUUCUCUCCAUAUGUUCCUGAUUGCGCAAACUCAACAGACUGCUCCUUAAACUACUGUUAUGUGACUUCCUUCACUGUCGAUCAAUACGAUGAUUGCGUGACUGGCGUAAAGAGUAAGCGGUAG